AAGGAAUGCAACUUGUGUGACAGCUGUCUAUCAGUUCGGUUUCUCAGGAGGGAGGCUAUUUGGAAAAAAGUCCCGAUCUAGAAGAGUUUGUACCUUAGAUUAGACCAUCAGACCGUCAUAAUGGCUCAGAUGUUACCCAUCAAGUUUCAAGAGCAUCUACAGCUCACAAGUAUAAGGAUCAAUGCUGCCAACAUCGGAUUCAGCACUCUCACCAUGGAGUCGGACAAAUUCAUCUGUGUCCGAGAGAAGGUGGGAGAAACAGCACAGGUGGUCAUCAUUAACUUGCAUGAUCCAACAAACCCCAUCAGAAGGCCAUUCACUGCAGAUUCAGCCAUCAUGAAUCCAGCCUGCAAAGUGAUUGCUCUAAAGGCUGGAAGAACCCUUCAGAUUUUCUGUAUUGGAACCGAGUCAAUGAUGAGGGUUCACACCAUGACGGAAGAUGUGGUGUUUUGGAAGUGGAUUUCUGUAAAUACCAUUGUCUUAGUCACCGAGGGUGCCGUCUACCAUUGGUCCAUGGAGUGGCUUUCUCUUCCGCUGAAAAUGUUUGACCGCCACUCCAGUUUGACAGGCUGUCAAAUUAUCAACUAUAGAACGGACGCCAAGCAAACGUGGCUACUUCUUAUUGGCCAAUCCACCCACCAAAAUCGCGUCGUUGGAGCAAUGCAACUUUACUCUGUCGAAAGAAAAGUCAGCGAACCUAUCGAAGGUCACGCUGCUGCCUUCUCACAGUUCAAAAUGGAGGGAAAUCCUGAACUCUCUACCCUGUUUUGCUACGCAGUCAGAAGUGCUCAGGGCGGAAAGUUGCAUAUCAGUGAAGUAGGAACGCCGCCAACCGAAAAUCAGCCUUUUGCGAAGAAAAAUGUCGAUGUUUUCUUCCCACCCGAAGCCCAGAACGACUUUCCCGUAGCUAUGCACUACUAUGCAGGUCAGCCCGAAACACGACGUACUGUAUUUGAUUACAAAGUAUGGCUACAUUCAUUUGUAUGACAUGGAGACUGGUACCUGUAUCUACAUGAACCGAAUUUCGGCAGAAACUGUAUUCGUCACCGCCCCACACGAGCUCUCUUCGGGUAUCAUUUGGGGUCAAUCUCAAACAUA